GCCAACCUGGGAAGCGCUCUCUUCCCGUAGACUGGCAGUGCAAGCGACACUUAGCCCACCAUUGGCUGUCCCGACUGCCGAAGCUGGCAGGCAGUGGCGACAGGGAAGGACCGGACCAACGGACCUUUUUGGUGGAAAUACUGACAUAACGCCGGGAAAUCGGGCGGAAACAAAGGGAAUAUAUGUUUUUAUAAAUGGUCUGGAUUUCCUAAACAGACUGAAACGCUGCUAACGGUGAAUGUUAGCUGGAAGUUUCCUAGCUGGUGCCGUGAUGUGGUGACGCGACUCCACGGAAUCGACGGGAGGCUAACGUUAGCUGAUGCUAACGCUACUUGAUAAAUGAAUAAUUUUUAACAGAGCUUUUACGACUCAUUUCAGGAUUUUAGCAUUUUAGAUAGUGUAAGAAACUUUUAUGAUAGAUUUUAUCAUGUUGUGUACUUUUAUGUUAAUGCUCAAUGACUGCCUGACGUAUUUAAGCUAAAAUAGAGCAGCAAACAUUAGCUUCCUAGCUGGCUAGUAGCUAACAUUGGCUAGUUGUCGACUUUAAACUGUCUUUAAGCCAAAGAAUCCUGUUUCAAAUGAGCUAAACCGACUACGGCUGCUUAUUAUUUUCACGCCACUUAACUGUAUCAGUUAAUGUUCACUAGUUAUAUAUGAGUCAAACUUUAUAUCUGAGGAUGGUCGUUCGUUUUGAGAUGCAAAAAUGAACGCUUCGUUCCAGAAUCCAGAUAUGCAAUCACCGAAUCACCAGCUUACUUAGUGCUUGGUGGCUAGCGCAGAGUUAGCCAGUCAAACUUGGAAUACUGCCCCCUGCUCACUUUAUGCGAGUGUCGCUUUGAGGCCUUUUCUGAAAUGAUCUCUUUUUUUUCCACCAAGAGGACCCUUUCACUGCCUUAAUGCAUCCCUGCCUCUGAAUGGAAUUUCUGUUUUGAAUGACUCUGGAUACUUGUAAAGCUUGACAAGGCUCUAAUCCACAGUUGGAGUUAGCUGGACUUGUUGACGUUUACUUCGUCAUAACAUAACCUGGAUUUACGAAGGAACUUGGAGUAAUAAUAUUCUUUGAAGAUGAUGUGCGAGGUGAUGCCCACCAUCAGUGAGGCCGAAGGCCCUGGUGGUGGAAAUGGCGGAGGCCGUCGAGGUUCCGGUUCACCACUUCAAUCUGACUCAGAGGGUCACUUUGAGUCGUUGAUGGUGUCUAUGCUGGAAGAGCGAGAUCGUCUUCUUGAGACCCUGAGAGAGACUCAAGAGAAUCUGGGCCUGACCCAGAGCAAACUGCAUGAAGUUAGCCAUGAAAGGGACUCACUACAGAGACAGCUGAACACUGCUUUGCCACAGGAAUUUGCUGCACUAACAAAGGAGCUGAACGUGUGCCGAGAGCAGCUUCUGGAAAAGGAGGAGGAGAUUGCAGAACUAAAGGCCGAGAGAAACAACACACGGCUCCUGCUAGAACACUUGGAGUGCUUGGUGUCUCGCCAUGAGCGCAGUCUGAGGAUGACUGUGGUGAAGCGGCAGGCUCAAUCUCCAGCAGGCGUCUCAAGUGAAGUGGAGGUCCUCAAAGCCCUGAAGUCACUUUUUGAACACCAUAAAGCCCUCGACGAAAAGGUUAGGGAGCGACUUCGUGUUGCUUUGGAACGAUGCAGCGCAUUGGAGGAACAGCUCACCUUUUCACACAAAGAACUGGCUUACCUCAGGGAACAGAACAGUCAGAAGAGAGGGUUGGCUGAUGGAACCAGCGAAGUUAACCACAACUCUGAAAACACACCAAGCACUAAUGGCAAGCGGUCAUCGGACGGUUCGUCGAGCCAGGAAGACGAGUCUGCACCUGGAUUCGGUAAGGUUGGCGAGCUCCAGGAGGUAAUGGACCGUCAGAUGGCCGAUUUGGGCCAAAUGAAGGAGCGCAUGGCUGCUAUGGCAUCACGCAUCACUGAGCUGGAGGAGGACCUGGACACAGCCCGAAAGGACCUUAUUAAGUCUGAAGACAUGAACACAAGACUACAGAGAGACCUCAGAGAGUCUAUGGCUCAGAAGGAAGACAUGGAGGAGAGGAUUACCACUCUAGAGAAGCGCUACCUGGCAGCUCAGCGAGAGGCUACCUCUGUCCACGACCUCAACGACAAGCUGGAGAAUGAAGUGGCCAAUAAAGACUCCCUCUACAGACAAACUGAAGAGAGAAACCGGCAACUUCAGGAAAAGCUGGAACUGGCUGAGCAGAAGCUGCAGCAGACCAUCCGGAAGGCAGAGACACUGCCAGAGGUGGAAGCAGAGUUAGCCCAGAGGGUCGCUGCUCUCACAAAGGCAGAGGAACGCCAUGGCAAUGUUGAAGAGAGACUGAGGCAGCUGGAGGCCCAGCUCGAGGAAAAAAACCAGGAGCUGCUCAGGGCACGGCAACGGGAGAAGAUGAAUGAGGAGCACAACAAGCGUCUGUCUGAGACGGUGGAUAAGCUCCUCUCAGAGUCCAAUGAAAGACUUCAGCUUCACCUCAAAGAGAGGAUGUCUGCCUUGGAGGAUAAGAAUGCCCUGAUUCGAGAACUCGAGCACACCAAAAAAUUAAUUGAGGAGUCCCACCAUGAGAAAGAGCAGCUCUUAAUCCAAAUUGAGACUAUGAGGGCAGAGAAUGAGCAGGGAAGGAGCAGGAGCAACUCGCUACUGCAUGGGCGGUCUCAGCUGGGCAGCACCCCAGAUUUCAGAUAUCCAGUGUCGGCCUCUUCGAUGAUGGACAGUAACUCGGACCAUUAUGGCAGCGCUCUCGUCCUGAGACGGCCUCAGAAGGGACGCGUGGCAGCGCUACGGGAUGAACCUUCCAAACGACAUGUGCAGACUUUAAAUGAGCAGGAGUGGGAGCGCAUGCAACAGGCUAAUGUGCUGGCAAAUGUGGCACAGGCCUUUGAGAGCGACAUGGACGCCUCAGACCUGGAGGAGGAUCGAGAGACAGUUUUCAGCUCGGUGGACCUGCUGUCCCCCGCUGGCCAGGCUGAUGCACAGACCCUUGCCCUGAUGUUGCAGGAGCAGCUGGAUGCUAUCAACAAUGAAAUCAGAAUGAUCCAAGAGGAGAAGGAGAGCACCGCUAUCCGGGCAGAGGAGAUAGAGUGCCGGGUAGGCAGUGGUGAUAGCCUUGGAGGACAUUUCCGCUCCAUGAGCUCCAUCCCUCCGUCGCUAUAUGCUGGCUCGUCAUUGGGCGGUUCUCCACCCGGCUCUGGCCACUCCACUCCGAGGCGCAUUCCCCGCAGCCCCAACAGAGAACUGGAUCGAAUGGGUGUCAUGACCUUGCCUAGUGACCUGCGCAAGCACCGCAGGAAGUCUACUCAAGAUGAUAAGGCUACUAUUCAUUGUGAGACGUCACCCCCCACUACUCCACGUUCCAUCCGACUGAAUAGGGAGGUGGGCCACGCCGCUAGUCACGAGGACAUCCGAGACAUCCGAGGGCUGAGCAGCCUGCAGGAUGGACAGGGCAGUAACCCAAGCAGUAGCAACAGCAGCCAAGACUCUCUCAACAAAGCAGCCAAGAAGAAAAGUAUCAAGUCAUCCAUUGGACGCCUGUUUGGGAAGAAAGAGAAAGGUCGGCCCAGCAUUCCUGGCAAGGAUCCUGCCAGCCAAGCUGGCACUCCCGAGGCAGAGAGCUCUCCGAAGGAUGGCUUGGGUGUGGGCACCCUUGGUGGUCCUGCAGAGAAAAACAGGAAGCUACAGAAGAAUCCAAAGACUGGGCAUGAAUUACUAGAAGAGGCUCGCAGACAAGGCCUCCCGUUUGCCCAGUGGGAUGGACCAACUGUUGUGGUUUGGCUGGAGCUGUGGGUGGGCAUGCCAGCCUGGUACGUGGCUGCAUGCCGUGCCAAUGUGAAGAGUGGAGCCAUCAUGUCAGCACUAUCAGACACAGAGAUCCAGCGGGAGAUUGGAAUCAGCAACCCACUGCAUCGUCUGAAGCUUCGUUUGGCCAUCCAGGAAAUCAUGUCUCUCACCAGCCCUUCAGCCCCACCGACCUCCAGAACGACAACAGGAAACGUUUGGGUCACACAUGAAGAAAUGGAAAGUUUGGCAGCCACGCCUCCCACGGAGGAUGACGAGGGUAGCUGGGCCCAGACUUUGGCGUACGGAGACAUGAACCACGAGUGGAUCGGUAACGAGUGGCUGCCCAGCCUGGGUUUGCCACAGUACCGCUCCUACUUCAUGGAGUCGCUGGUGGAUGCCCGCAUGCUUGACCAUCUAACCAAGAAGGAUCUUAGGGGACAGCUCAAGAUGGUGGACAGCUUCCACAGGAACAGCUUUCAGUGCGGUGUGAUGUGUCUGCGGAGGCUCAACUAUGACAGAAAGGAGCUGGAGAGGAGGAGGGAGGAGUCCAUGCUGGAGUUUAAAGAUGUGCUGGUGUGGAGUAAUGAGCGUGUCAUCAGUUGGGUUCAGGCCAUUGGUCUCAAAGAGUACAGCAGCAACCUUUGUGAGAGUGGCGUCCAUGGUGCACUGCUCGCCUUGGAUGAUACCUUUGAUCACAACGCCCUGGCCCUGCUGCUGCAGAUCCCCACUCAGAACACACAGGCCCGGGCGACUCUUGAGCGUGAAUACAGCAGUCUGCUGGCGAUGGGCACAGACAGGAGAAUGGAAGAGGAUGAUGAUAAGAACUUCCGCCGUGCUCCCUCAUGGAGAAAGAAGUUCAGGCCCAAAGACAUGAGGGGGAUGUCCUUGGGUGCAUCAGAUACCCUGCCUGCCAACUUCCGAGUUACCAGCAGUAGUGCGGCAUCUCCCUCGACUCAGCCAAAGAGGAGCCCGAUGGAUGGAAGUCAGUCUAUACAGAGGCUGGACACUGCCACAGUCAGGACCUACUCUUGUUAACACACAACGUUUAUCCUCAUUAUUUCUAUAGGUAACCGCUGGUCAGACGAUGAAGGGGAAUUCCCUGCAUUCAAGACCAGGAUGAUGAACUGAAAUAACUUGCAAGGACCCUACAAAGAUAUUUUGCUUCUUGCUGACAUCACAGAGAAAGACUUUACUCACUAAUUUCAGUAUCCCUAGAAGAGCUUUUCUAGAUUUACCUACAUUUGUUAUUAUAUAUUUAUGUAAACCAAUGGGAUUGUUGAUUUUAGAAUUUCUAUGUAACCCCUUUUUGCCUCUCUCCUCUUAAUCACCCCCCCACCUUUUUUUAAUUUUAUUUUAAUAAAAGCAACAUUUCUCCACUGUGCCCGCAUUAAGCUCAACUCUCAGAUGUAUGUAACUGAAUAUUUCAACAAUCUGGAGUUUGUAUAUUUCUACCAACAGACAUUUCAUCUAAUCUUUUUUUAUAAUUCUGAUUCAGUUGAACAGAUGUAUGUUUUUGUCUCUCAUAUUUGAUUUGAAUUCUAAUCAAUGAAUUAAUUCUCAAGUGACUUGGAUACGUGAUAUAACUUAAUUCAUAUCUUUGCCCUUUUUAACUGUUGUAAUAUUAGUAGCUUAUUACUUGUGAUUUAGUGUAAAUGCAGCUCUUAGGUCAGUGGAUGUGUGAAUAUCAGAGAAAUUGCUGGAGUCGUCAAACCGUUUCACAAACUGCUCAACACUGUGAGUCCUCCAUCUAACUGCUGGCAAGCCCAGGCGAUGGUGACAACACAUAUCAUGUGAAACGCAAUAUAUUUCUCUCUUGUCUGUUUAUUUUCCAUACCUGUGAUACCAAAAUGAAACUCUUAAAGAAUUAAAGCCAUAUAAUUGUAGCAAGGAUAAAAACUACAGAGGGCUACAUUUGGAUGCAAGUAAAAAACAACAGAUUUCCAGGUUCUCUGCAGUUUACCUUGCAUGCAGAAUCCACUCCGCUUAUAUGCACGCUUAUAUGCACCCAAUUUAUCCCUUUAACAAAAUCUUCCUCACCUCUGGAGAAAUGCUCACUCGUGCAGAAGAUCGUUAAACAAAUGUGUGGAUGACUCCAAAGUGUGGAAACUCCUUCAACGGACCAACUUCACUGAGGCCUCAGUCGAUCCCCACUGUCACCAGAAGCCCCUGAUGGUGGUGCAGUCCACCAGCAACCCCUUUUUAAAAACACUCUGUACAAAGAUUUUAUAUCAAGCCUUACUGUUUAACUCCUCUCUGUCGUCUCUUCUUAUUUAUUAUUACUCAUUCGUGUUUUGUGGCGUCAGUAAUGCUUCCAGAGCUACGUCUGAAUGUUGCAGUGCUACUUAUGUUUUUCCGUCUACACUCACAACACGGGUUCCAGCAUAAGCCUUUGUGGCAAAUGAGUCGGAACCGGAGACUUUUCUUUUCACUCUACAUGUAGUUGAAGCUGACAUUAGAAAUGUUUUUUGUUUGUGAUUUAGCCAUUUAUGCACAAUGCAAAUCAUGUUGCUGUUUUUAUUCCUGCUCUUCCUGAUGAAUCUUCUGAUCUUGUAACAAUGAUGUACAGUCUGAGUACUUAUAAACUAUUUUUAUCACAGUAUUAUUUAUUGCUUACUUUCAAUAAAAUACUGAAACCUAUUUUCCACUGCAAA